CAUUUGACAGGUCGACUUGUUAUGUAAAAAUUUGAAGAAGCAAAAAAAAAUACACACACGAAACUCGAUUUUGCGACUUUUUAGCAGGAUUUCAGGAUGUUAGCUUCUUCAAUUGCCAGAAAUUUGCAACUGUCGUCGGUGGGUUUGCGCAAGGGUACGUUAGCACUCGCCGGAGUCGGACAAAAGCAUCAACAAACGCGAGGCGAGAAGACUUUGCCUGUGGUGAAUCCAGAAAAUCCUCUUCCGAAGCCCGGUUAUUCGCCAUUCGGAUCGAAACAAGCGACUUUGGGGGAAUGGGCCGUUGCUCGUUUGGACGAUUUACUCAAUUGGGGUCGUAAGGGCUCCAUUUGGCCCUUGACUUUCGGUUUGGCGUGCUGUGCCGUCGAGAUGAUGCAUAUCGCUGCUCCUCGGUACGAUAUGGACAGAUAUGGUGUCGUUUUCCGUGCAUCUCCGCGUCAAGCUGACGUUAUCAUCGUUGCUGGAACACUGACGAACAAAAUGGCUCCAGCUUUGCGCAAGGUUUACGAUCAAAUGCCCGAACCCCGAUGGGUCAUCUCGAUGGGAAGUUGUGCAAAUGGAGGCGGAUACUAUCAUUACUCGUAUUCCGUGGUGCGUGGAUGCGACAGAAUUAUCCCGGUCGACAUCUAUGUGCCUGGAUGCCCGCCAACGUGCGAAGCUCUCAUGUACGGCGUCUUGCAGCUCCAAAAGAAGGUGAAACGCAUGAAGACCUUGCAAAUGUGGUACAGAAAGUAAAGAAAUUCUUGUAAAAUGUAAAAUAUCUUCGAAGACUUUGUAAUAAGAGCCCGCGACGUAGAGGAAGGAGAGUCUCGUACGUAGAUUCUGACUUCCACUUGUUAAAUUUUCAAAUAAAAAUCCUAUGUCUACAUGAAA